AUGUUGCCCUCAUCGGUGCGGCGCGUGGUUGCUUCGGCGCCGCAGUCCCCUCUCGUCGCCUCCCUCACCACCUCCGCUCCGAGAGCGGCUACGGCCACCAUCACCCUUCAGCAGAGACCCGUCGGUGGCCACCAGAGACGAUGGUCCUCCUCGAGCCCCUCGAACCCGAAUAACAACGGAUCCAAGGACAUUCCUGCCCAGGGCCAGUCCGUCCAUGCCUCGACAUCAUCGAGCUCCAGCAGCAGCGGCAAGGCCAGCGGCGAGAAGCGGAAACGAAAGAGCAAGGACAGCGCCGAUAGGGAGGCUGCGCAGAAGCUGCCCAGCGUGCCCAGCACACAACAUCUUUCCCAAGAAGCUCUCGGCUUGUCAACCUUUUUCUCGCUUCACCGGCCGAUAUCUGUGACCCACAGCAUGCCCAAGUCAGUGACGGAAGAAGCCUUCGCCGCCAUCUUCAAGCCCCGGAGCAGGGCGAACAAGGUCACCGACGUCAUUUCAACACUAUCGCGGACGACCGACGACCUCGAGGGCGCCAUGGCCAAGAUGACCAUCGGCCAUCAGGAGACGGAUGCGUCAGGCGAGCCCGUCCAAAAGAUCGACUUCAAGAACCCCGACGGCACCGAGUCGAGCGUCUACGUCCAGCUCAACUCCAUGGCCGGCCAGUUCGUCCCCUUCCGCCCUCCCCCGGCCCCCGAGGCCAUGGGCGAGACCGCUGACGCCGCGACAUCCCACGCCGCGGCCGCCGAGUCCGCCGUCGAGGACCUCCUCGACGAGACCCCCCACCACCGCGUCUACAAGGCCAUGUUCACCAUCGAGGAGACGACCGACGCCGACGGCCAGGUCCAGGUCCUCGCCCACAGCCCCAAGAUCAUGCAGGACGGCGGCGACGCGCCCCGCUCGUUCCUCGAGCGCAUGGCCCUGCGCCAGAUGAAGUUUGACGAGGCGCAAGGCCACGAUACCAUGCACGCCCUCAGCGUCAAGCGCCAACGCAAGCUCAAGAUGAAGAAGAAGAAGUACAAGAAGUUGAUGAAGCGCACGCGCAACCUGCGCCGCAAGCUGGACAGAAUCUAA